AAAACUUUUACGAAAUCAGCUACAUCCCAGCUAUUACAUCCCCAUGGAAGGUUUGAGAUGUAAAACUUAGAGAUGUUCCUACAUGCCGAUGAUCUACCUUCGAUUCCUUGCUUCCUAUUCUUCUUCUUGGAUGUGACGUCGUUCCAGCCUCCUCCUUCGUCUCCCGUUGUCUGUUCGCCUCCUCUCAUCCCUUUUCGAAGUCCGCUUCCCCUAAUUUUUGGUAAAGCACAUUUUACUCUUUUUUAUUAUAUUAGCAAGGAGAAGUAAAAAAAAAAAUGAUGUAAAAAGUGGCCCAAAUCCUUCACAAAACGGCAAAAAAUCGAUUUCAUGAUUUCAUCUCUCUUCCUUUAUUUCUGCAUCGCCUUUUGCCGCACCAACAACAAAAGCAUAUUCAAAACUGUAUUCAAGUAUCAACCCCACCUUUUUCGAUCAACCAUUUUCAUCAAUGGCAGCUGCUAAUCUUUCUUCUUCUUCUUCUUCUCCUCACACACUUCACCGAUCCCUCACAAACCCUCAACCCCUUCAUCCUUCUGCUUUCCUCAAACCCCCCUUUCAUGAUCGUAAAUUAGCAUCAGUUCGUUGUCAAAUCCCCAAAUUUGAACCCACAACAUCUCAUUCUACACACCCCACUUCUUCUUCGUCUUCCACCAUUGAUUUCCUCACGCUCUGUCAUAGCCUUAAGACCACGAAAAGGAAGGGAUGGGUCAAUCAAGGAAUUAAAGGUCCCGAGUCUAUUGCCGAUCAUAUGUAUCGAAUGGCAUUAAUGGCUUUAGUUGCUGAUGAUCUUCCCGGUAUUAACAGAGAAAGGUGUAUCAAGAUUGCCCUUGUGCAUGACAUUGCCGAAGCUAUCGUGGGCGAUAUAACACCAUCGGAUGGUGUACCUAAAGUAGAAAAGAGCAGACUUGAGCAAGCGGCUUUAACCGAGAUGUGCGAGGUUCUUGGUGGUGGAAAGAGGGCCGAAGAAAUAAAGGAACUUUGGAGGGAAUACGAGGAUAACGCCUCCCUUGAGGCUAAUCUUGUUAAAGAUUUUGAUAAAAUUGAGAUGAUUCUGCAAGCACUUGAAUAUGAAACUGAACAUGACAGAAUUUUGGACGAGUUUUUCCUCUCAACAGCCGGGAAGUUUCAGACCGAAAUCGGCAAGAGUUGGGCAGCCGAGAUCAUUGCCAGGCGAAAUUCAAGACUGGCAAAGAAACUAAACUAAUCAAAGUUAUCCCCUUUUGGUCAAUAAUAUGCAUCCUGUUUUCAUUUUUAAUUUAUUUUGUAAGCGAAUUGCUGAUGCAUUUUUAUUCAAUGUGACAUCCUAUACUCAGAAAGUUGUUACAAUGGUUUCAAGAUAUUAGAGUUUUGAAGCUUCCUUUUU